CAACACCUGCCCGCCAGCAGAUGCUUACUAACUGGGCAAAAUCGGAAUUUGAUGAAGGAGGAAGAUGCAGCCACCCCCUCGCCGGCUGGAGUUUGCUGUCUGGGAUUUCAGAAGCCUGGCGUAGGUUGCAGAUGGCUUUGUGGAAUGAUGAGGCCUUGACGUUAACAAGCCUGUCUUCUCUGGGAGAUUCAGCACCUGAGCGCAAGUCUCCUUCCCACCACCGCCAGCACUCUGACACCUCUGAGACCACAGGCCUCGUUCAGCGUUGUGUCAUCAUCCAGAAGGACCAGCAUGGCUUCGGCUUCACAGUCAGUGGGGAUCGCAUUGUUCUGGUGCAGUCUGUGCGGCCCGGAGGUGCAGCCAUGAAAGCUGGUGUGAAAGAGGGUGACCGCAUCAUCAAAGUGAACGGCACCAUGGUGACCAAUAGCUCACACCUGGAGGUGGUGAAGCUUAUCAAAUCUGGUGCCUACGUAGCACUGACUCUCCUGGGCUCUUCUCCAUCUUCCGUUGGUGUCUCUGGGCUCCAGCAGGAUCCAGCCCCAGCAGGAGCCCCCCGAGUCACCGCUGUGAUCCCACCACCACCGCCUCCACCACCGCUGCCACCUCCACAGCGCAUCACAGGUCCCAAACCACUGCAGGACUCUGAAGUUCAAAAACAUGCCACUCAGAUCCUUAGGAAGAUGCUGAGGCAGGAGGAGAAAGAGUUACAGCGUAUCUGUGAGGUGUAUAGCCGGAACCCCGACAGCCUGCUGGAAGAGCAGAUUGAAGGUACCCGGCGGCGAGUCGCUCAGUUACAGCUGAAGAUCCAGCAGGAGACUGGUGGCUUAGUGGACAUAUUUCCCCUGUACGGUGACACCAGCCAGAGAUCAUCAGAAGGCCGCCUCUCUCUCGAUUCCCAGGAGGGGGACAGCGGCUUGGACUCUGGGACAGACCGCUUUUCUUCCCUCAGCGAGUCAUUGAUGAAUCGGAACUCGGUACUCUCAGACCCUGGGCUUGACAGUCCUCGCACCUCCCCCGUGACCAUGGCCAGGAUGACUCCACACCACAAACGCCAGGGCUUGGAAGUGCCAGUCCCCCUUACCAGCGAGCAGGGUGUAGAUCAAAGCUCAAAGCCUUUAAUUAUUGGCCCAGAGGAAGAUUAUGACCCGGGUUAUUUCAACAACGAGAGCGACAUCAUCUUCCAGGAUCUUGAGAAACUCAAGUCACGGCCAGCUCACCUGGGGGUUUUUCUACGUUACAUCUUCUCUCAGGCAGACCCCAGCCCACUGCUUUUUUAUUUAUGUGCAGAAGUUUAUCAACAGACAAACCCCAAAGAUUCCCGGAGCUUGGGGAAAGACAUCUGGAAUAUUUUCCUAGAGAAAAAUGCGCCUCUGCGAGUGAAGAUCCCAGAGAUGCUGCAGGCAGAAAUUGACCUGCGGCUGCGCAACAGUGAGGAUGUCCGCUGCUUCCUCGGUGACGCCCAGGAGGCAGCCAUGCCGGAGAUCCAGGAGCAGAUCCACGACUACAGGACAAAGCGCACUCUGGGCCUGGGCAGCCUGUACGGUGAAAACGACCUGCUGGACCUGGAUGGGGACCCUCUACGCGAGCGCCAGGUGGCCGAGAAGCAGCUGGCUGCCCUUGGAGAUAUUCUGUCCAAGUACGAGGAAGACAGGAGUGCCCCCAUGGACUUUGCCCUCAACACCUACAUGAGCCAUGCUGGGAUCCGACUUCGAGAGGCACGACCUUCCAACCCAGCUGAAAAGGCCCAGGCUGCCCCUGACAAGGACAAGUGGCUACCUUUCUUCCCCAAGACCAAGAAGCAGAGCAGCAACUCCAAGAAGGACAAGGAUGCCUUGGAGGACAAGAAGCGAAACCCCAUUCUCAAAUACAUUGGGAAGCCCAAAAACUCUUCCCAGAGCACAUUUCAUAUUCCCUUGUCCCCUGUGGAAGUCAAACCAGGUAACGUGAGGAACAUCAUUCAGCAUUUUGAGAACAGCCAGCAAUACGAUGUCCCAGAACCCGGGACACAGCGGCUCUCCACGGGAAGCUUCCCUGAGGACCUGCUGGAGAGUGACAGUUCCCGCUCCGAGAUCCGCCUGGGCCGCUCCGAGAGCCUCAAGGGCCGAGAAGAGAUGAAGCGGUCUCGCAAGGGGGAGAACGUGCCGCGAUCUCGCAGUGACGUGGACAUGGACGCUGCUGCUGAAGCUGCGCGCCUCCACCAGUCGGCUUCGUCCUCGGCCUCCAGCCUCUCCACCAGGUCUCUCGAGAACCCAACCCCUCCUUUCACCCCCAAACUGGGCCGCAGGAGCGUGGAGUCCCCCAGCUUGGGGUUCUGCACAGACAUCCUCCUCCCCCACCUCCUGGAGGACGACCUGGGCCAGCUGUCUGACCUGGAGCCGGAGCCCGAUGCCCAAAACUGGCAGCAUACUGUGGGCAAGGACGUGGUGGCUGGGCUAAGCCAGAGGGAGAUUGAGCGCCAGGAGGUUAUUAACGAGCUGUUUGUGACCGAGGCGUCCCACUUGCGUACGCUCCGGGUCCUGGACCUGAUCUUCUACCAGCGCAUGAAGAAGGAGAGCCUGAUGCCCCGGGAGGAGCUGGCCCGGCUCUUUCCCAACCUGCCUGAACUCAUCGAGAUCCACAACUCGUGGUGUGAGGCCAUGAAGAAGCUCCGGGAGGAGGGCCCCGUCAUCACAGAAAUCAGUGACUUCAUGUUGGCACGGUUUGACGGCCCCGCCCGAGAGGAGCUCCAGCAGGUGGCAGCUGAGUUCUGCUCCAAUCAGUCGAUAGCCCUGGAGCUGAUCAAGACCAAGCAGCGCAAGGAGGGCCGCUUCCAGCUCUUCAUGCAGGAGGCCGAGAGCCACCCCCAGUGCCGGAGGCUGCAGCUCCGAGACCUGAUCAUUUCCGAGAUGCAGCGUCUCACCAAGUACCCGCUGCUGCUGGAGAACAUCAUCAGGCACACGGAGGGUGGCACCUCUGAGCAUGAGAAGCUCUGCCGGGCCCGAGAUCAGUGCCGGGAAAUUCUCAAGCAUGUGAAUGAAGCCGUGAAGCAGACGGAGAACCGGCACCGUCUGGAGGGCUACCAGAAACGCUUGGAUGCCACCUCCUUGGAGAGGGCCAGCAACCCCCUGGCAGUGGAGUUCAAGAGCCUGGAUCUUACCACCAGGAAGAUGAUCCACGAGGGACCCCUGACCUGGAGGAUCAGCAAAGACAAAACCUUGGACCUGCACGUGCUGUUGCUGGAAGACCUGCUGGUGCUGCUGCAGAAGCAGGACGAAAAGCUGCUGCUCAAGUGCCACAGUAAGACGGCCGCCGACAGCAAGCAGACCUUCAGCCCUGUGCUCAAGCUCAACGCCCUGCUCGUCCGCUCAGUGGCCACAGAUAAGCGUGCCUUCUUCAUCAUCUGCACGUCUGAGCUGGGGCCGCCCCAGAUUUACGAGCUGGUCGCAGUGACAUCAUCAGACAAGAACACAUGGAUGGAGCUCCUGGACGAGGCCGUGCGGAACGCCACCAGGCACCCUGGAGCAGCCCCCGUGCCCAUCCAGCCGCCUCCGGCAGCCCACCCGCGGCGGGUGCCCGGCAGGGUGGGACUGGAUGAGUCAGAGGUGUUCCACAGGCGCAGUUCUGAACCAGAGCCUGAGGAGCUGCCCGGAGCAGACCCCAGGCCCCAGCAGAGGGCCCGAGGGCCACACCCCAUCCUGUUAGAGGACCCUGAGCCGGAAGGCAGUAGAGAGGAGGAGGGGCUUGGGGUCCUCCCUCACCUCCCCUCGCCCCUGGAUGGAGAGAACAUAGACAUCGGGACAAAGGACCCCGUCCAUGUGCCCCUCCCCGGCCCUCUGUUCACGGAAGGGCUCGCCGAGUCAGCUCUGGAAGAUGUGGAGAGCCUGCGGCGCCUGAUCCUGUGCAGCCUGCAGCCAAGCCCCUCCACCGGACCCCCAGCCACCGCCGAGCCUGAGGAUGACCUGACACCCACCCCUUCAGUCAUCAGCAUCACCUCGCACCCCUGGGACCCUGGCUCCCCCGGGCAGGCCCCCAGUGUGGGCGAGGGGGGCACCCCCCAGUACCCCGGGCUAGAAGGUGACCAGCCAGAGCCGGAGGACAUGGUGCCUUGCUCGCUGGAAGAUUUGCCCCCAAGAACCAGAAACUCUGGCAUCUGGGAGUCUCCCGAGCUAGAUGAGGACCCAGCUGAAGAGGCUUCACACGCAGAGGCAGCAGGAGGUUACAAAGUUGUGAGAAAAGCUGAGGUGGCAGGCAGCAAGGUUGGCCCUGCACUACCAGAGAGUGGCCAGUCAGAGCCUGAGCCUCCUGACGUGGAAGGCGGAGCAAAGGCUGCGGGGAACUGUUUUUAUGUCAGCAUGCCAGCAGGCCCCCAGGACUCCACCACUGACCCUUCAGGGGCACCCACCAGCCCCUCCCAGCCUGACUGCCACCCUGCCUGGAAGCCUGGGCGCCCGCCCCCGCUUCGGGAUGGCAGUGGAGCACAGAGAUGCCCCAGCCAUUUUCCUCCCAGCCUGGCCCUCAGGGAUGUGGGCACAAUCUUCCGCACCAUCGAGCAGCUCACCCUCAAGCUCAACAGGCUCAAGGACAUGGAGCUCGCCCACCGGGAGCUACUGAAGUCCCUGGGUGGAGGGUCGUCUGGUGGCACCACACCUGUGGGCAGCUUUCACGCAGAGGCAGUGAGGUGGACAGACAGCUCCCUCUCACCCUCAGCCAAGGAGCCCCUCGUCUCGGACUCCAGGGACAGCCACGAGCUGAGGCUUUGCCCUGAGGACGGCGCCAACUCCCCGCUGGAAGACAGGGCCACAGCCACAGCCCCAGGACUGUGACCACCCAAACCACCAACUCCUCUGUGACCCACUCCUCCCUCAGACUGGCCUGAGGCAGGGGCCCGGGUGGGAGCCCCAGACCUGUUCCCCAGGGUGUAGCCAUGUGGGGACUGGGAUCCAGCCAAGGCCUGGGAAGGAGGCCCGCAUGUUGCUUGGUCUGCUCGGAUUGGAGUCAGUUUCAGUGUCUUUCCCCAUCCUUCAGCCUGACCCCCGCCCACCCCCCAAGGCCUCUCCCAUCUCCUAAGCAUGCUGACUGCAUCUGGACAGGCCCCCACUGACAAGUCUGCCUCCAAGCCCCACCUCCCUGUGGCCCCCAGACUUGCAAGCACGAGGAGGAGUCUUCUGUGUAGAUGCACUUUGCUCCUUCCUCGCACUCCCAGGACCCCAGGGCUGGGGUGGGCUGCCUCCCCCAUUCUCUGUCACUUUGGUUCCCUAUGAAUAUGUAUGUAUUGUAUGUGCAUCUUCGCCAUUGUAAAUAACUACUGCCUUUUUUGUUUCUGUUCCUGGGGUGCUGGAGGCAGUUAGAAAGGGUAGCUGAGAUGAGGGGGCCCCCUCGUAUCUCCAAGUGAACAGAACUUCCUCACCACCCCCAACACCGGUCCAGCUCCAGGGUCAGGGCCAAAAGGUAGCCCUGUCCCCUGUGGGUGAGCGCCAGGCCCAGCCUGUGAGCUUGAUGCUGACUGCUCCCUCCUUCCGAGAUGGGAACACAGACCCUGUCUCUGUAGAAAACCCAGUGUGAGGUACAGAGCUGAGAACUGGCUCCCUGAAGGUCAGGCAAGGGAAAAGAAUGCUGGGUUAGCCCAGGACCAUCCCCGGGGCCCACAGCAUGGGCCCCAUUCCCACAUCCUCGUUCCUCGCCCCACUACUAGAAUAUACACACUGUGCUAGGUGUAUAUAUACAUAUAUAUAUAAAUAUAUAUAAUAUAUAAAAUAUAGAUCAAUGGAAAUGACUGUUUUGCUGUUCAGAUAAUGUAUACUCUUAUUUUCUUCUCUUCAUGGUUAAUUUUUUGUUUUGUUUUUUUAAGAAAAGUUAAAUAUUCAA